CAUUCAGGAACGGGGUACAGCCCCAACGAAUUGAUGAUGGGUCGACGUCUUCGGGCCCCGAAUGAGCUGUUGUGGGCGAGUGGCGUCACGCAGGUCGGCGUGUUCGCCGAGUAUCAUCGGGCGUUGGUGAGGAACAUGGCGACGGCAACGGAGGCGGCCAAGAAGGCGCUGGUCAAGGACCAGUUGAGGCGGGCUACGUACUACGAUCGGCAGGUGCGGGCGCACAACGAGUUCGCGGUUGGCGACAGCGUGAAUUACGAAACUGGCCCAUAAAUGGCUGGGCCCAGCUCGAAUUGUAGCAGACGCGGGCUUUGAUAAUUGGGAAGUGCUACGCGAGGACAAUGAUGAGCGGGUGAUCACGCACUGCAGCUUCUUGGCGAAGUGCAGUUGCCCGAGUGACUCACUGGGCGUGGUGGCGGAGCGCAUGCUUCGAGAACUGAGCGAGGAAGAGGUGGCAGCUGGCGGUGCCGCCGAGGAAC